AUGGCCAUACCAUCUUAUGAAGACGACUGGGAGCAUGACAUACAUUUGGACCCAACAUCUACAAGUAUCUUUUCCUCGGGACUAUCGGUAAACAGCGGUGGUAUCGGUGUCAGUGUUGACCCCAAUGGUCGUGGCUUUCAUUACUCUCCCGAUAAAGAACUAAGCAUUGCUUGUGAACGCUAUGAAUUGAAUGCACAACUUCAACAACAGAGACCAUUUUGUUACUACAACGAAGAUGACUGUGAUUCCAGUAUCGCUGGCAGCAGUAUUUUCACAUCUACAGCUAGUAAAUUUACCGAACCCUCGCUGUUGUAUUCGCCUAUCCUGGAUGACGACUUCAUGUAUGACGAACCUCUGCUACCGUCUAAAAAGUAUUCGCAAACAGUGAAACAACCAACAAUCGCAAAGAAGAUACUCAUGGAUCAACAAUCUUCCUCAUUUCCGGGUAUUGUGCAGCAGCUAGGAACGCCUGCUAAACUUCAAGAGCCAAAGGAUAAUGAUGAUUGGACGGAUGAUAUUUCCAUUUCUCCUCGAGACCAACCAUCAGCCACCCCAUCUUUUCAACAAUCACAUCAGCCAGAUAUAUUGACCUUCGAUUUGACCAAGUUGAGUAAGAAACUUUAUGAUAUCCCCAAGAUAUUUGAUGUAAACUUCGAUGAUGAUGAUGACGAUGGUUUGGGUGAUUUUGAUGAAAAUGACAUUGGUCCUUCAGUCAGCCAAAGGGGAAGCGUGGUUGGUUUGGAUAAUAACAGAUAUGCUGCCGAAACAUCUAAUAUUGCAAAGGGACCUAACUACUUGAAGGCGCGCUUUGAGGUCGAAGAUGAUGAAGAUGACAAUAAUAUGGAUGGUCUUGAUUUCCCUGUGAAUAUGGCUAUUCUUGCCUCUAAAAUUGAAGAAAAGAAAAAGUACGAUCCAAGCAAAGCACAAGAGCAAGCACUUCCCCCUCCUCCUCUUCAUGCAAUGACUUCAAAACAAACAAAACCUGCUGCCACUAGAAUUCCUAUUUCGUCUGCGAAAGCUAAGAUACUUGCAUCCAUUCCGAGAGAAAAUGAUGACGAUGAUUUUUUUAAAGAUUUGAGCCUCAAUGACAGAGCAUUUGAAUUUAACCAAAACGCUGCAACUGCACCGCAAAGAGUGCAAUCCAACUUCAGAGGAAACACCAAGUUUGUGAGUAGAUUGGCUCGUCCCACAAAUAUGAUUGAUAAAAAUCCUUUGUCUACUCAGCAACAAUUACAGAAGAAAAGAAGCCUUCAACAAUUACCUGCGGUAUCCUCCUCCACCUCUCGUUUAAGCAAUCGAAAUCUACUUGCUGCACAAAUCAACAAGCAAAGGGAAGCUGUCCCGUCGAACAAUAAACGUUCUGCUAUUCCCAAUAGUAGAAGACAGCAACCAACAACUACCCAAACAUAUUCAAGGAACGCUAUUAGACCUACUAUUCACCCCACCAGUACCAUCAACGCAACCAGACCCUCACGUUCGUUAACCAAGACAACUCCCCGAAAGCAGCAAUCUCAUCAACAUCAGCACCAAACUCCUUCUCCUUCAGUCAUUAAAACAUUCAAUAGCUACCCUACACUUAUUGCUCAACCCAAAACCAAGCCUACCACAGGCACUUAUCGUACUGAAUUGGAUGAUUUAGAUAAUUUACCUACAGUAACACCAAAGAAAAAACCCACUGCAGUUUGGAGGCCGUUGUCAACUCCCCAAAAGCAACAAAAACAGCCGCAACAAGCCAAUAGUAGCUCUAAUGCGAGCACCAUCAAUUGUGACCCGAAACGUCCGUGGCGUACAAAUAUGCAGACUACUAAAAGCAAAGUCAAACUUUUCCAGCCUGGUCAGCAAAAUUUGAGUAAAGAGUACAAUAAUAUGAAAUUUGAUGAACGUUCCCGUAUUUGGAAAGGUAAUGAAGACAGUAUGUUCGGUUUCCCUCCAGCAGAGGUUAACAAGCGUACCCAGCAAAAGAAGCCAGUAGCUGGUCUUCGUCUUAUCACUAUGCCUCGUAUUGUAACCAACAGAUCCAAAACAGCAGCAGCAGGAUCUAAGGAUAUAAGAAAUAAAGGUGCGACUGCUAGUCGUUAUACAGCAGCCAUGGGACAUAAUAUGAUAUUCGACGCUCAAUCACAAAAAUGGGUUUGUGCUUUGGGUGAGGAGAAUGAAUUCAAUGAGUUGGAUUGCAUAGAAGACUUGUACGAAGAAUACAAACAACCUAUUCACUGUUUCACUGGUAGACGGAAUGGAAGGAAUCCUCUAAUACACGGUGACGAUAAAACUAUUGAGUUUAAAAUACCAGUAGAAAUGAAGCGAGAAAUGAUGUUCCAACAGGAAGACCAUGAAAAUUUUAUGAAGAAUUGGCCUUUGAAAGAAGAGGAGCCGAACAAAAUCAAGACGCCGUCUGGACACCUCGUGUCCGCUUCAAAAUAUCACUUAUUUUAUUUCAACAGAACACUGUUGUGA